AUGUCAUCCCUUUACAAUCUCGAGCCGCAGCCGACGGCGUCGGCCAUCAUCCACACCACGCUCGGCGAAAUUCAGGUCGAGCUCUUCGCGAAGCAGACGCCGUUGACGUGCCGCAACUUUUUGCAGCUGAGCUUGGACGGCUACUACGAUGGCACGAUAUUUCACCGCCUCGUGCCCAACUUCAUUUUGCAAGGUGGCGACCCGACGGGCACGGGCAACGGCGGCGAGUCCAUAUAUGAUGGCGGCGCCUUCAGCGGUGACCUGGACCCGUGGCCAAUGGACCAGCGGCACGGCAAGAACGCUGGACCGACGGGGAUCAACUUCAAAGACGAAUUCCACUCAAGGUUAAAAUUCAACAGGCGUGGCCUCCUAGGCAUGGCAAACGAGGGCCGCCAGGACACCAACGGCAGCCAGUUCUUCUUCACGCUGGACAAGACUGAGGAGUUGACGGGCAAGAACACAAUGUUUGGGCGCGUGGCCGGCGACACGAUAUACAACCUCGCCAAGAUCGGCGAGUCCGAGGUGGAGCCAGGUUCCGAGCGUCCGCUGUAUGCCGUCAAGAUUGAGCGAAUCGAGAUCCUCGUGAACCCGUUCGAAGACAUGCAGAAGCGGACACGGGUAGCGACGAAGGCCCCGACGAAAGCGCCCGCUGCGAAAGACAAGAAGAAGAAGCGCAAGGGCGGGAAGCAGCUGCUCAGUUUCGGCGAUGAAGAGGGAGAGGAGGAGGAGCCAGUGUUCAAGAAGCCCAAGUUCGACACACGGUUAAUCGCAGACGAACCCGCGGAGGAGACUCGGGAAUCCAAACCUGCCAAGAAGAAGGCAUCGAAACUCGAUAAGCCAACUGAAGAGCCUGCACCGAAGGCUGAGGAUGAGACUGCCCGUGAUGGUCCGGCAAAGCCCAGGGAAGAACCAAGACUGAAGCCGAGAGACCCCUCACCAGAGUCAUCACCGGAACCCGAGCCUCCCAGAAAAUCGGCAUUGGAAAGGGCAAACGAGGAGUUGAAGGCGAUAAAGGCGUCCAUGCGCCGUACGAUCCACACGGAGGAGCCAGUUCAGAAACAACACAAAUCCGCGCUGGAAUCGAUGAUCCCUGAGACCUCAAUACGGGGCCGCAAAAGGCGGCCGGGCGGCAACAACGCGAUCAGCAACGAAGAUCCAGCGACUCUACAGAUGCUCAAGUCUUUCCAGUCAAGACUGGAGAAGGCUCCGCCAGAAAAGGAGCAGGUACAGGCUUCGGAACAAAAGACCGAGGUCGAUGGCGCCCAAGAUGACCAGGGUGAGGAGGCAGAGCUGUGCGAUCUACACUUCAUCGCCAACUGCCAGAGCUGCACGGCCUGGGACAAGCAGGACAAGGAGGAGAGCGAUGACGAAGGCUGGAUGUCGCACUCGCUGUCAUUUGCGGCGGACAGACUGGGCAAGGAUCUGAGCAACCGCAGGAAGGCCGAAGAGGAGCUCGUCGUGAUUGACCCAAGGGAAAGGGCCCGUACAUUCAAGGAGGAGAAGCGGGCGGAACGGGACGCACGAGCCGGGGGCAGUGGGCGGGCAUGGGAUCAGGCGAGGGACCAGGCGCGAAACGCACAGAUGGCGCGCGCGGCGUCGCUGGCGGGUAGAGGCGCCAAGUGA